UGCGCUCCUUGGGACCGCCCCAUCGUCCUUCCUCCUGCAAAUAUGCGACAGAGCAAUUGACACCUGACAGGCAAAGUGGAGGGCCACCAACCACCACUCCUAACCGCCGCAAAGAGGAGACCGCCGCCCACUCUGGCCCGGCAUCAAAAACUAGGUCCGUGAAAGAGUCCCGUGCCGCGCGCCCAAUAUUUACUGCUCCUCCCUCACGAUAAACAGGAAUGGCGACUAACAUUGCUUCAGGAAGCAGCCAUCUUCAUGUUAGUAUUUCUGCAUACAGGGGUCCCAGGUGGAAACAUCCUCGUUGCUUUCCUAGCGUAUCCAUUCAGAGCAGCAUUCAUAAAGCGUUGUCUUGGUCAUGCAGUAGUGCAUCCAAAUUAUUAUCAAGAGACAAUGCUUCACAUUCUCAGGCUUAUGUGAAUAGGAAAUCCCCCAAACCAGCAGUCACAUCAUGCCUUAGAAAUGGCUCUACCAAGUAUUUUGCCUUUGCUGUUAUUGGUAGUGGGGUUGCUGGCCUUCGAUAUGCUCUUGAGGUUGCAAAAUAUGGAACUGUGGCAGUCAUAACAAAAGCUGAGCCACAUGAAAGCAAUACUAACUAUGCACAGGGUGGUGUGAGUGCUGUUCUCUGUCCUAAGGAUUCGGUAGAGAGCCAUAUACAAGAUACAAUUGUAGCUGGUGCUUACCUCUGUGAUGAGGAGACGGUCAGAGUUGUAUGCACAGAAGGACCUGAAAGAAUUAAAGAGUUGAUAGCUAUGGGGGCUUCAUUUGAUCACGGUGAGGAUGGGAACUUACACCUUGCCAGGGAAGGAGGGCACUCUCAUCACAGAAUUGUGCAUGCAGCAGAUAUGACAGGCAGGGAAAUAGAGAGAGCAUUGUUAGAGGCAGUAAAAAAAGAUCCAAACGUUUAUGUUUUUGAGCACCAUUUUGCAAUAGACUUGCUUACGUCACAGGAUGGUUCUGUCACAACCUGUCAUGGAGUUGACACCUUGAAUACUGAAACUUCUGAGGUAGUAAGAUUUGUUUCAAAGGUUACCCUGCUUGCUUCAGGGGGAGCUGGGCAUAUUUAUCCAUCAACCACUAAUCCUCUGGUCUCCACCGGUGAUGGAAUAGCUAUGGCUUAUAGAGCUCAGGCUGUCAUUUCUAACAUGGAGUUUGUGCAGUUUCACCCAACUGCCUUAGCUGAUGAAGGUCUCCCCUUAAGACCGGCGCAUGCCCGCGAAAGUGCCUUUCUGAUCACAGAAGCUGUCAGGGGUGAUGGAGGCAUCCUUUAUAACAUGGACAUGCAGAGGUUCAUGCCCCUAUACGAUGAGAGAGCAGAACUAGCACCGAGAGAUGUGGUAGCAAGAAGCAUAGACGACCAGCUCAAAAAGCGCAACGAAAAAUAUGUCCUCCUAGACAUCAGUCAUAGGGAUAGAGAAGAGAUUCUUGACCAUUUCCCAAACAUAGCGGCCGAGUGUCUCAAGUAUGGACUGGACAUUACCCGUCAACCUAUCCCUGUGGUCCCCGCCGCCCAUUACAUGUGUGGAGGAGUCCGUGCCGGGCUCCACGGGGAGACCAAUGUGCAGGGGUUAUAUGUAGCUGGCGAGGUUGCCUGCACGGGGUUGCACGGAGCAAACCGGCUGGCCAGCAACUCAUUGCUAGAGGCUCUGGUGUUUGCCCGGAGAGCCGUGCAGCCUUCGAUCGACCGCUACAUGUCAUCAUGCUCCGGAAGCACCCCAGGCUGGUGGGCCCCGCCCGUGGUCCCCACCUUUCUUGGUGACGCGGUGAUGAACAGAAUUGCACGGCGGACGAGGGAGACGAGGGAGGAACUGCAGUCUAUCAUGUGGGAAUAUGUGGGGAUUGUCCGGUCAACGACGAGGCUGGAGACCGCGGAGAAGAGGAUCGGGGAGUUGGAAAUGGAGUGGAAAGCCUACUUAUUUAACCAGGGUUGGGAAGGAACCAUGGUUGGGUUGGAGGCUUGUGAGAUGAGGAACCUCUUCUGUUGUGCCAAGCUGGUGGUGAGUAGUGCCCUCUCAAGGCACGAAAGCCGCGGCCUUCACUACACGGUUGAUUUCCCUCAUGUUGAAGAGAGCAUGAGGUUGCCCACCAUCAUUCUUCCUUCCUCUUCGUCUUCGCCUUCCAAGAAAAACGCCACUUGGAGUUCCCGCCAACUAGCUGCGAAGCUCGACUGAUUCUUAAUAUAUAGAAAUAAAACUUCGAAGAUGCUAAGAUAAUUUGUUUUUUUUUCGUUUUAAAGAAAUCAUACAUGUUUGUAUCAAGUUGAUUACAUAAAGAACCAGAAUGGUGUAACAAAGAACAGCCCCUAAAUAUACAAAAUUUGUGAAGAGAAAAAAAGGUGUAAAUUUUGCAAGUCAGUGAAUUGUGAUCACUCAUGUGUGCACAGGUUUGGGAGUGCAAAGGGCGUAACCAGAUAUGAGAGAACUAAAUGCCAAGGCAACAAAUGCGAUGAAGGACACGAUCACAGAAGCACAUGCCAUAUCUGGGAACUUGUCCUCUCCCCAAUUGGAUCGCCAUUCUUCAACUCGUGUGAUAGCCGAAGACGAUGCAGAUAUUAGAAGGUAUGCUAUCACCUGAAAUUUCAACCAAAGCUGCCUUAAAUUUUCGUGGCGCAACUGACCAUUAUCAAUACUAAAGCAGUACUUCUGAU